GUCAUUUUCAACAUGGCGGCAUUCAGAGGAGCAUGCGGCCAAAUUUCAUUAAAAAAUGUUUGCAGUUCAUCAUUACCUCUAGUUUGCCGUCAUAUAAAACCAGAAACAGCUCAAUUCCAGUCUGUUCGAUUCGGCAGUAGUUUGAAUUUUGUUGUUGCUUCGCAUACAAAACGUGUGUUAACAUGUCACCACUUCCAUCGAUCCAGUCCUUGCUCUUAUAUCCACACGUCCGGUUCUCGAGAUAAAAAAGAUUAUUAUGAAGUCCUUGGAGUGUCAAAGAAUGCCGAUCAAGCAACCAUUAAGAAAGCCUAUUAUAAGCUUGCCAAGAAAUAUCAUCCAGAUAUGAACAAACAUGACAAAUCUGCUGCAGGUAAAUUUCAAGAAGUUUCGGAAGCAUAUGAGGUUUUAAGUGAUUCUGGUAAAAGAAAGGAGUAUGAUAGUUUCGGAAUGGGAGCAGGAGGAGGAGGUCGUGGAUUUCCUGGAGGUGGAUUUGGGUCUGCACAAGGCUUUGAGGGAUUUCAGAGUAAUAUCGAUCCCGAAGAGCUGUUCCGUAGAAUUUUUAAAGAUGCUGGAUUCAACAUGUCUGGAGGAGGUUUUGGGGGAGGUGGUGGUCAAGAUUAUGCCGAGUCAAAAUAUGGCUUUGCUGCUGCUACUGAGGCAAUGAUGGAUUUAACGUUUCAAGAAGCUGCUCGCGGUGUAAAUAAAGAAAUGCAUAUCAAUGUCAAGGACAAUUGCCCGAAAUGUCAGGGUAAAAAAGCAGAACCUGGAACAGAGAUAUCAAAAUGUCCACAUUGUAAUGGAACUGGCAUGGAGACCAUCAGUACCGGUCCGUUUAUGAUGAGAUCAACGUGUCGACAUUGUUACGGGUCUAGAGUUAUUAUUAAAAAUCCUUGUUCAGAAUGUGCGGGGAAAGGAAAAAUGAUUUUACGGAAAAAAGUAGUUGUACCUGUUCCUGCAGGUGUUGAAGAUGGUCAAACCGUCCGAAUGCCCUUAGGAUCACAAGAAGUUUUUAUCACAUUUAGAGUGGCUAAAAGUCGUAUAUUUCGACGAGAAGGUGCUGAUGUACAUAGUGAUGUUCAUAUAACUUUAACACAAGCUGUUUUAGGUGGCUCUAUACGAACACCUGGUAUUUAUGAUGAUAUUAUAUUAAAUAUACCAGCAGGUACACAGUCACAUGAUAGAAUACGUCUACAAGGUAAAGGUAUUACACGUGUUAAUAGUUACGGUACUGGUGAUCAUUAUUUACACAUCAAAAUUAAAAUUCCAACUAAAUUAUCUCCACAACAAAAGGCUUUGAUUUUAUCGUACGCUGAAACCGAGAAAAAAAUAGAAGGCACAGUGAAUGGUAUAACACAAACAAAAACAGAUGGAAAGGAAGACAAAGAAAAAGUGACGACAGGACAGAAAUAUUCGGAUGAUGAGGGAGAAGGUUUUCUGGACAAAAUAAAAAAGAAAAUAUUUGGUUAAAUGAUAGUUGCUCCAUAUACCACUGAUGAUUACGAGCUAUAGAAGAUGAUGAAGGUUACGUGUCACAGAUACGCGAAGCUGCGAAAGAAAUUUAUGAUACUGAUAAUCCUAAACAAAUGGCGGAUAAAGACAAUGUUUCCUGAUAGUAAACAAAUCUCUAUUAUCUAUACAAACGUAACACAGACAUUUUGUAAUAUUAUUGCACAAAACUAGGAUGAAGAUGAAAUAUCCCUUGAUUUCAGUCAGUCUAUGGCCUUUGAUUGGUCUAUGUUACAUGGCCCUUGAUUGGUCUAAGUUACAUGACCCUUUAUUGGGCUAAGUCACGUGGCCCUUGAUUGGUCUAAGUUAAAUGGCCCUUGAUUGGUCUAUGAUACAUGACCCUUGAUUGGUCUAUGUUACAUGGCCCUUGAUUGGUCUAUGUUACAUGGCCCUUGAUUGGUCUAAGUCACAUGGCCCUUGAUUGGUCCAUGGUACAUAAUAGUAUCUUUCAUCAUUUUGUGUUUGUUCAUCAGAUGAAGAAUGAGUGAUAUGUUGUUAAAAUGCUACUAAAUGUGUAGACAAUUGUUGGUUAAAAUAAGAAUGGUUGUCUUGAUAUUAAUUAAAAUUGUAAUGCCUCUACCAUACUUUUAUCUUGCUACAAACAGCUCACCAGCUUAAAAUUUUCCAGCCAGGUGUGGCUAUUUUCAGGUAUUAAUUAAUUACUAAUUCUGAAGUAAAGCAUAGUUGGCCUCAAGUUAUAGUUAUUCAUAUCCUGCAACGUAUUCAUAUCCUGUAAUUUCGGGCCUCCCAAAUUGAGCCCUGCAUUUUCUACAACCGGCCCUGAUCGUGGUUUGUAAGGCAUUAACAACCCCUGAAAUACCAGUCAGUGGAACUUAAGCUAAAAGCUUUAUUUGUAUUUACCAGUGUAUAUUAUUGAGUGUUUUUUAAUUAAUGUGUGAUGAUAGAAUAAUGUGAUAGAACAAUCCUGUAUAUACUUGUACUUGUAAAUGGAGUGUUUCGAUAUACAUUUUUGUUAUCGAAAAUAAGGAAUAAAAAUCUGUUAGUUGGGGAACAGUCUUCCAAGAUUUCUCUCAAGAAGCGACUAGUUUUGUUCAGUUCGAACUUUUCAGGCUUAAAUGAAAAAGUGUGGUUGCCCUCUUUAUAUAGUCUGUGAGGACCAGAGCAAAUGUGACCUAAAUAAGAUAACACAGUUAAUGAAAAUUCAUGUACUGUAGAUACAAUAAGCUGUAAUUUAAAUUAAUGAAUAUUCAUGUAGAUACAACUGGCUGUAAUUUAAGUUCAUGAAUAUUCAUGUAGAUACAACUAGCUGUAAUUUAAAUUAAUGAAUAUUCAUGUAAAUACAACUAGCUGUAAUUUAAGUUCAUGAAUAUUUAUGUAAAUACAACUAGCUGUAAUUUAAGUUAAUGAAUAUUCAUGUAGAUAUAUAAAUAGUAUAUUAUGUAAUUAUUAUGUAUUAAAGCGUGUAUUAUUAUUAUAUGAAAGAAAACAAAACUAUUGUUAUGU